GCGGAGCACUCGCCCAGGUACACAUCGCGAAUCUGCCCUUCCUGAAAAGAAAAGAAAAGAAGAAAAAAAAAUAAUGACAAUAACAACACCUGCGAGUUCGGAUCUGUUCAGACGGAGAGUCGACUUCGGGGAGCGUGAGCACUUCAGAGGAGAGCCGUGAUUUGUGAGGGCCGGGCCGGGCCCCCCCCCCUCCCUCCGUCGGGGUGUUUUGUUUCCGGGCCGACCAUGGUCCGCUGGUCCCGGGGCGUGCGCGGUUGAACACUCGCCUGUCCGCCGGACCGAGCGCCGCGCUCGGUUGUUUUUCCCGAUUAACGGCAGGGCGGCCUGGUCAUGCUGAUGGACCAGGACACUCAGUGGCUGUACCACCUCCUGGCCGAGGUCCAGCUGGAGAAGUUCUACCUGCGCGUCAGAGAUGGCCUCAACAUCACCCGCAUCGAGCACUUCGCCUACGUCAAGGAGUCCGACCUGGAGCAGAUAGGAAUCAGCAAACCCGCACAACGAAGAUUAUGGGACGCUCUGAAACGCUACAAGGCCAAUUCACGAGCACGGCCCUGGAUGCCCAAGGUGUCGAGCGGGCGAGGUCCGGAUGGAGGCGAGCCGUGGAGCGGCCAGGCUCAGGGCCAGGAGGGGGGCAGCCGGGGUCUUCCUUCCCUGAUACAGGACACCGAGCUGACCCUGGGCGAGAAGCUGGGCUCCGGGUCCUUCGGGGUGGUGAAGAGGGGCGAGUGGCACACACCCACCGGCAGAGUGCUGCCCGUAGCAGUGAAAUCCCUGAGGAGCAGUAUGUCCAGGCAGACCGACACGCUGACGGACUUCCUCCAGGAGGUAACCAUCAUGCAGUCCCUGGAUCACCCCAACAUCAUACGACUCUACGGUGUGGUGCUCACACAGCCCCUCAAGAUGGUGACAGAGCUAGCCCCCCUGGGCUCACUGUACGACACGCUGCGCUCGCGCCAUUACGAGUACCCUCUGGUCCGCCUCUGGCUCUUCGCCACCCAGAUCGUGUCGGGCAUGGAGUACCUGGAGACCAGGAGGUUCAUCCACAGGGACCUGGCCGCGAGAAAUGUGCUGCUGGCCUCCAGGGAGGCGGCGAAGAUCGGGGACUUCGGCCUGAUGAGGGGCCUGAGCCAGGAGACGGAUCACUACGUCAUGUCGGCACACAGGCGCAUCCCGUUCGCAUGGUGUGCUCCAGAGAGUCUUCGCGUCGGCUCCUUCUCCCACUCCUCAGACGUGUGGAUGUUUGGCGUCACCCUGUGGGAGAUGUUCACGUACUGCGAGGAGCCCUGGUUCGGUCUGUCAGGCCGACAGAUCCUGUGGCGCGUGGAACGGGAGGGCGAGCGUCUGGAGAGACCGCCGGAUUGUCCGCAAGAGCUGUACGCCGUCAUGAGGAAGUGCUGGGCCUGCAGCGCCGCCGACAGACCCAGCUUCGCCCAGCUCACCGCUAUGGUGACAGAGGCUAAACCAAUGGAGGUGCAAGUAAGCAGGGACUUCUCUGAACCCAGAAAACUCGCACUGGUGGCCAACGACCUUGUGACGGUCACAGACCAUAGUCUGGAGCUGAGCGAGUGGAGAGGCCAGAAUCAGAGGACGCUGGCGGUCGGCUGGUUUCCCGCGAGCCUCGCCGUGCCGGUGCUCCCCCCUGGCACUGCCGGUGCGGCUCCCGCCACUUGCGGCCAGCCCGGGGACAUCAAGCCCGAACGCUGCCGGGGAACACCGGAGAGCCUGGACGACAGCGGGAGCUGGAGGCCUGUCCGGGAGAAGGAGGGAUCCAAUCUGCAGAAAAUGGCAGGUAUGUCUCGGAGCCUGGAGUCUGUCCUGAGUGAACACCGGCCUCGAGCUCACACAGUGGGGGCGAUCAGAGUGGAUCAGCAGGGCAGGCUCAUGCCGCCCGUACUGGCGGCUCACAGUGUGAUGAUGCAGCAGGACACCCGUCGGUUCAGCGAGGCCAGUAUCGCCCCCCCUCCUCGACCACCACUCCCCAACCUGAAACGCCUGAACAUGAAGUCUCAGAGGAGGCCCAUAGUAAAUCCUCCCCCAGGCAACCCCUGGCCGCCGCAGGUGGUCCUGUCCCCUCCGGCGCAGCCUCAGCCUCAACCUCAGCCCCAGCACCCGCCGCAGCAGGGCGUCGGAGGCUCCAACCUGGCCAAGAUGGCCCACCUGGCGCGCUCCUCUCCGCUGCUGGACGACAGCGGCGACGGCAGGGAGAGGGACCGGGAGAGGGAACGGAGCCGGGACCGAGAGAAACCGCCUCACGUGCCGAACACGAGAGAGAGUCUCGUCGCGCAGGUCAUGGAGGCGGUUCACGGGGUGACCACUGAAGAGGUUCAUUCGGCACUGCAGCGUACUGACUGGAACCCGGUGCGAGCUGAGCAGCAGCUCAAGUUCGAGCAGCUGUACUCGCUGAGCCUCUGCUCCAGGGAGGACUGUCUGCGGAUCCUGUCCAGGUACCAGUGGAACCUGCAGGUGGCCAGCCGCUACCUCAUCCGCCUGACCCGGGACGACAAGCCCGCCGCGGGCGAGAGGGAGCGACCCCCGGUCAGCGCGGAGAGGCGGGUCUGAGGCGAUUCCCGGGCUGGUUUUGACGUUAUUUCCGGCUGCCACGCGCUUUCCAGCGACAAACUCUUUGACACGUGGAUCUUCUCCUCACGCCGGUCGGACGUCGCCUCAGUAUGUGGAAGGCCACUCCAGUGGAGAUGGAAAAAAAAUUGGAAAAUGAAGAUGGAUUGAUUUAAAAAAAAAAAAAAAAAAAAAAUGCACACUGACUCAAUGUUCCUGACGACUGGUUUUUUUUUUUUUUUUUGUAUUUUCAAUGAGAUGUCGUCGCGCACAUUGUUAGUUGCAACUAGUUUUUGUACCUCAAUGAAUUUGUAUGUAUGUCCUGUUAGAAAUCAUCAUUUUGUCGAGUGAAAUUGACGAGCUUGUCCGAUCCCGGUUUUGCACACCACAGUCGGUCUGGGCUGGGUGUUAGGGACCACAGGCCUGAGGAUGGACGAAAAAAAGUCUGGGGGUGUCGAGUUCGAAGAGAAGUCCGUUUACCACGGCUCUGUAGUCUGCUCCUCGUCACCGCUACAUUCGCUGCUUACACCGUCACACACACCUUUCAUCCGGGACCAAACUGUUGGCGGUGGAGUUGCAUUGUGGGUGAUCUAGAGACACCAGCAGGUUUUUUUUUACACCCAAACAGAAUGUGUGGAAUAAAAACAAGACGAAUAUCAA